AUUUUCUUUGAUAAGAUUUAAAUAAUGCUUUCAAUGCAGGUCAAACUGUUUGUUUAGUUAUUUAGCAACACAAUCUAAACAAACGAAGGAGUUUUCUGUUUUCAUUACAAAACACGUAGAGAGUUCAGAGGUCCUGGCACAUUGAAGCUAACCUCUCUAACGCAUAUACUCAUCGUACAAGAGAAGAAUCAAUUCAGCGAGCAACAUGGGUCCUAAACUACACGGAGACUUCCUUUCCCAGCCUUGUCGAGCACUGGCUUUAAUGAUGAAAGCAAAUAAUAUCGCCUAUGACUUUGUCUCAAUACCUCUGCUACCAUUUUCUGACAGAAGCUGUCAACCAGAGGGGAAUGCCGCAGCUGUUAAUCCAUUUAAAUGGGUACCUACUCUCGAAGUUGAAGGCGAUGGAUGCAUCUGGGAGAGCUCGGCCGCUUUGCAAUACCUGGCUGAGAUGGAUGGUGUACCUGAACACUGGUACCCCAGAAGUGGGAGGGGAAGAAUCAUGGUGAACACAUACUUAGCCUCUCAUGGAACAGACACAAGAAAACAUGCAACAGGGUUCUUUAUCAGGAAGUUUGCUGGGCCAGCAUUCUUCAAGAUGACUUUCACAGAGGACCAGGUUAAGGAAAUGUGUGAUGGAUUUGAGAAACUGCUUGACAAACUGGAGACAAUCUGGUUGAAGGAUACGCCCUUUAUCGCAGGAAAUGACAUCUCAAUUGCUGAUAUACACCUCAUCACAGAACUUUCUCAGGUUGGAACAAGUGGCUAUGACAUGGUCAAGAACAGACCUAAGUUGGCGGCUUGGAUGAACAGCACCAAGGAAAAACUUCAGCCACAUUUUGAUGAAAUAUGCAGCAAACCUCUGGCUAGUUUCGCGGACGGAUUGAAGGCUUUCAAGGAAUCAAAAUAACAUUAAUCUUCUACGCAUAUGUUUUCCCCCUCACUAGACGCAAAGAUAAUACUUGUACUGUAUCAUAAAAAGAUGAAAAUAAAUAUUUCAAAAAACAAAAUUGUAAUACACUUAUAUUUGUAGAAAAAGAAGAGAGUGAACAUGGUCUUAGAGACAUAAUUUUUCAACCUAUUGAUCUAUUCUGACUUACC